AUGGCCCGCGGACGUAAGGCGGUCGACACCGGCAGUAUCAGGAGGCAGCCAGGGAGGAAUUGUCGUGGGGACUCUUUCGUUGAAGCAGCUGCACCGGGUGAUGUAGCGAAGCCCAGCGUCGCGAUGGACUCGACGAAUUCCAAGCCAAAGAAGACUCCGCGGAGGGCCGCGAAGGAUAAAUAUGAAGAGGAGAAGAUGAUGACCAGCGACAAGUCGCUACUCAUUGACAUAAACCUAAAGGCAUUGCUCGCGCACCCUGAUGCUUGGAACUGUCUUGAAGAGUCCGAGAAGAAAGAAAUACUAGAUCUACUCCCUAGUGACAUACACCCCAAUCCGAACCCUUCUCAAAAUGACCCCAAUGCAAAAAUCGACCCUCUACCAUCGCAGUUUCUGCUUUACUCAAAUAACUGGGGCGAAGCCCUCCGCACCUUUCAGCUGGAUCUCGAAUGUGGGCGCUAUGAUCCGCAGUGGGUGCGUGAAGCUGAAGAGGCCGUUAGAGAGCGAGCUGCUGGCAAAUUUGAUAAGUUCAAAGAACAAGAGUUCGAGGAGUUCUGGGGCCAAAAGCAGAAAAUGGAUAGAACCUUGGCUGCUGGUGCAAGCUCGAAGAUCAAGCUAAGCACUCUUAUUGAGCAUGGAGUUAUUCGAAUGGGCGAUAUAUUGAAAUGGUCGAGGAGUUUUAACCGCCCGAGGGUUUUGAUUGAAAAGGAGGCCAGGGUCAUUGAAAUCAAUGGACCGAGUCUGACUUUCGCUAUUCCCGCGGGACAACGGACAUUCCUGAAAGCGGCAGUGACUCCAGAUGCAAAGACGCCGGGGACAGAAGAACAAGCAGAAGACCAGCAAAAGUCUGGCCCAAUAACCCCACCAUCAUCGCAAACCAACGGUGUAAGCUUGAAUAAUACAGAUACUGAGUCGGAUGCGAAAGACACAGAGGCUGGUCCCUCUAGGAAGCGCAGUGCCGAACCCGACAUCGAAGCUAUGCCCAUCAAAAGGCCGCGUGGACGUCCGCGCAAGCAAAAACCUAUUCCAAUCCAGGAGGAAACGGACGAUCUUGUAGUCGAAACUACCAAAUCCCGCCCUGAAGACGGAACUGACUCACUCUUGUCCCAUACCGAAAACAACGUUGAACCGUCAGCGGAGAUGCAGAACGGUGGCUCGCACUCAGAUGCAGAACCUUCGAAGAAUACAAGGUUAAAUGGGUUAGACGAAAUCAAGCUCGGAGAACCAGAGAUUAUCGACCUUGUGGAUGAUGAACCUUCCCAGUCGUCUCCUGAAGAGAACUGCGAGGCGGAUGAGGUGAUUGUACGUGAUAUUCAGGCCCUUAAUACACUUACUUCGAAGAUAUUGGAAAUCGAUGGCCGGGUCAGCAAAUCCACCAAUGGCAAUGCCUGGAAAGAGCUCCGCUGCUUCAGGAAUAAUCAGGAUAUGGGCACCCUAUGGGAAGUCAGGCAAGCUUGGUUUUUGAAGAACAAAUAG